CGUCCAUCGGAUGAAUGGCGACCACAUCAACAAGUAGGCGUAGGAUCAAUACCCCUGCUCUGACGUCGCUCCAGCUCGGGGCCUCAGACCUAGCCGGGCAUGUAACCAGGGAGGCUGCCACCCAUAGCGUUCAGUUAUGGGGACUUUUUGGCCCGUACUUCUCCAUCUGAUAUGGGCACUACAGGGCUCGACAGCUGGUAACAUCGGCUGUCUUUUCAAUGAAGAUCUUUGCGAGCAAGUGACGGAGUGGUGCUACGAUGAUGGCGCUUUCGGAAGAUGCAUGGACACGGAGGACCCAACACCAGCCAGCGAACUGUUCAGACACUCACUUGACGAGGACGAUCUCGGCGUACUCGAGGCAGAACUCCAGAAGCUGCUGGAGCGUGGGUACGGCUGGAACCACCCUCACACUCAAUGCAUCCUCCAGGGGUUGCUCUAUGACUUCCAGACAGGAAAACCUUUGGAAGACUUGGAAUGCGACCACCUGAAGGAGCCAGAAUUAGAAGCAGCUCUCAACUUACCUACUGAAGAAGAGUUGGCAUAUAUCAGGUUUACCCCUAGUGCCGGGGAUCCACAGUCGGACUUUGCAGACGAAGUUUACAUCCCCCAUCCUGGUGAUGAAGAUUUGGAAGCUCCUGAAAUGGGCUCUCCACCAAGACCAUCUCCUUUUCGGCAAUUAUACAACAGCCCCAGCAACUUCAGGUCUGGUGUUGAAGUAAGGGACCUCAUAGCAGCAGUUCCAGGAGAACGAGAGAGAGGGAAAAGAAAUAAAAUCGCUGGAACUUAUGCAGCUUUAAAAUCGAAACUUGACAAUUGGCCUGAUGACGCAGGUGAGGAGAAGGAUGGAGAUGACUUAAACUUUGAUCCCAUAGAAUUCACAAAAUAUAUCCAAAGUGCACUGCGCCCCAGCUACUUUUUCAGAACCUUACCAACAACAAAUCUGGUUGCAGGAAUUAAAAAUAGAAAUAUAGCUGAUAACAAUGACGAAAUAGAAUAUGAAGUGGAAAAGGAGAGGGUGAUGGUUGCCGAUGAUGAUAGCAGAGGCUACACAGAAGGCGGCAAUGUAUUCCAAUCAGGUGAAGAUUCACUACCAGAUUUGUUGGAAAAAUUGAAUGGUGCAUUUGGCUUUAAGCGUCGGGAAAGGCUUGAUGUUAAGAAACCAGGACCUCCAUAUGACCCAGCUUUCCAGGAUGAUUCAACAAAAGAAAGUGACGUUAAUAAACAACAGAACAAAUCUAAUGGCCAGAAGGAGCACAUAAAUGAACUCUUCCUUCAGGCAUUAAAGAGUAAGGAUUGGGCCACUAAAGCAACAGAAAAAAAGAACAUUGCUGAUGUACUAAGUCAUCCUACUGAUUAUGAUGUGAUUGAUACUGAUUAUGCUUAUAUUGAGUUUAAAGAAAGCAUUCAAUCAUGGAAUGAGGGAAGUCACCUUUUGAACUCAAUAGCAGAGAUAUUGCAUCUUCCUAACACUACCUUUGCCCCUCCAAAGGUUGACAGAAAUGAAUUAGUAUUUAAAGUUCUCACAAAUGAGGCAGGACUUAAUGCUUCUGAAGUAGCGAAAAAAAUUGAUGAUUACAAAAAUGAAAUAGAAAGAAAAACUGGAGUUAAAAUCACAGCAACGGGUAUAGGCUAUAAGCACAAAUGGCCACAAAAGAUGAGGUUAGAUGGCCGAUCGGAACAUGAAGUUUAUGUAGUUGGAGUGGUACUUGUUGGAGUAUUGGCAGCCCUUGCGCUUUCUGCUGCUGUAUUAUAUUUGACAAGGAAGCACGGCUACAAGCUCAAGUCCCAUGUCAAGUCGGAAGGCGAACCAAUGAGCAAACUUUACCAGGUUUUGACAUUGCAGGAUCUGUGCCGUGCCCGAAUGUCGACCAAGACACCUGGGGAGAAGGAAACUGCACCCAGUCAACGCAUCACCAGUCUUAGCAAGGAAAGCGACAAGGACAGUCCAUCGUCCAGGUCCUCAACCUCUUCCUGGAGUGAGGAACCAGCACUUACAAACAUGGAUGUAGCUACUGGGCAGAUGGUUUUGUCUUAUAUGGAAGAACACUUGAAGAAUAAAGAAAUGCUAGACACAGAAUGGACUGCACUAUGUGCUUACGAAGCUGAUCCCUGUGCUACAACGAUUGCCCAAAGGGCAGAAAAUUUGCAAAAGAACAGAUAUCCUCAUGCUCUUCCUUAUGACCAUGCUAGGGUUGUGCUGAAUGAGUUAUCCAACAUAACUGGAUCUGACUAUAUCAAUGCAUCAACUAUCACUGAUCAUGACCCGAGAAACCCGGCCUACAUAGUGACUCAAGGGCCUUUACCUCAUACUGCCCCUGAUUUGUGGCAGAUGGUUUGGGAACAAGGAUGUGUUGCUAUGGUAAUGCUGACACGUCUUGGAGAGGCUGAUUCCCCCUUGUGUUACCAUUACUGGCCGGAAGAGGGAUCAGAAAUGUACCAUGUCUACGAGGUUCAUCUAGUAAGUGAGCACAUCUGGUGUGAUGAUUAUUUGGUUCGUAGUUUUUAUCUGAAGAACCUCAAGACUGGCGAAACCCGCACGGUUACCCAAUUUCAUUUCUUAUCAUGGCCAGAAGGAGGUGUUCCAGGCACCACUAAACCUUUGUUGGAAUUCCGAAGGAAGGUCAACAAAUCUUUCCGAGGAAGGUCAUGUCCCAUAGUUGUGCACUGCAGUGAUGGUGUAGGAAGAAGUGGUUCUUAUGUCCUGUUGGACAUGGUCCUUAAUCGGAUAGCCAAGGGAGCUAAAGAGAUCGACGUUGGGGCAACGCUUGAGCAUAUCCGGGAUCAGAGGGGAGGAGCAGUUGCAACUAAGCAACAGUUCCAGUUCGUCCUCCAAGCAGUCGCUGAUGAAGUACAAGCAAUUCUGAAACUGCUUCCACAACAACCGUAAAGUGUCAUCGUCUAAGAACACAUUUACUAGGUGAUUGGCUCUACUCACGACUGGAAUCUGAGUUGAUAUCUCAUUUAGACAACUGUCAUUAUUACUGCGGACACAGUGAGGUUUUAAAAUUGUAAUAUUUUCUGAAUUGUGUAACUCUAUUUUGGAAAAAAAAAAAUUAUAUAUAUAUUAUAUCCUGUAGCCUAAAUAAAUGUUAUUUAUUUAUUGUUGUUAAAAUUAUAGUUUACUAUUUUUAUUUUUCAUGCUUACAGAACACAAUUUUAAAAGUAAAAAAAUAAAAAACAUGGAAUUAGACUGUGCUCAGCUAUUUUCUAAAUAAUAUAUUUUCUAAAUUGAAAAAAAAUGUAAUAAAUGUUUUUUUUUUAUUUAUGAAAUAAAAUUAUACAAUUUGCAAGGGGUCCACUUUCAAAGUUAGAGGCAGUCGAUAUAGAAACAUCAAUUCUAUCAAAACAAACUGAAUAAGUUGUUUUCAGAUCAGGUACUGCCGUCCAUUUGUUUGUUUAGUAUUAAUUUGUUUUAUUUUUAUUAGCUAGAACAUUUAAAAAAUAAGGCAAUUAAAAGAGCUUACCAGACAAUUUUAUAAUCCUAUUGUAACAAUCAUUUUUUGUUUAGUUUAUUAAAAAAUAUAAAUAUAUUUUAGCGUUAAAUAUAAAAUUUUGAUGAACCCCUUGUGAAAAGUAGGUAAUAAUAGUAAAACUCAUCUGCUUUACAGAUCUAUCUUACUACUGUUCCUGUUCCAUGUUAAUAAUAUUAUUGAAUACUUCUAUUAAUUUGUUAUUUCCUGAUCAAAUUUGCAUUUUUGAAUAAACUAACCAUAAUUUAUGCUUAUUUUUACACUGAAAUUACCAGACUGAGCACAUUCGGCCAUUAUUGUAAUGUUAAAAAAAAAUCAAAUUUAAUAUAAUAUAUCUGUUUAUAAUUUUUUAUCUGUCUAAUUAAUGUUAUAUAACUGUAAAACUAGAAAAUGUGCGAGUACUAUUUCUAUUUAACUAACACAAAACUAUAAGAGAAACAUUAGAUAUUAUGAAUAGCAUAUAUGUAUGUUUACAUGGCAUGACCUUUUUAGAAUUAUUGAAGUAAAAAAUACAUCUAAAUAUAUAUUAAAUAAUAACUAUAUUUAUAAAUGUUGUAUUUAUCAUCUAUUCGUUAGAGAAUGAGAUAUUAAUUUUUUUUUUAAUUACGAAAGAUGGAACUGUCAAUUAUGAUGAUGGGGGUUGGACAUUGAAACUAAGGUGCUUAACCUUUCUCUAAGGUUUUAAAUGAUUGAUUCACAUCAGAGGAUAUAUAUAUAUAUUGUUCAUAUACAAAUUUUAAAUCAGUUAAUGUUUCGAAAUAUCCGAAACACAGAUAUAGUAAUAUGGAAUCAUUUUUAAAAAACAAAAAAAUAAAUACAAAAUAAAAUGAUAUCUAUAAAUCUUUUUUGGUUCAUAUGAUGAAAAUAGCCUUUAAUUUUUUUUCUUUCAUUUUAUAUUUUCAACAUCAACAGUUUUAAUUUAGUCUUUACCAUGAAAUAUAAUGUAUUAUUUAAAAUAGCAGCACUUGAAAAAUGUGCGCUUUUUAUAUUUUAAAAACUCCAAGGAAUCCAGUACAGGAGAAAACAAAGACUGAGUAUAUAACAAAAAAAAACCAAUAAAAAUACAAAAAAAAUUUAAAUUAAUUUCAUUUUUUAUUUUUUUUUUUUUUUUGGAAACAUGAAAAAUAAAUGGAGUCAAACUGUACCUGAGUUUCGGAGGCAUAUGUAAAAUUACUAAAUGCAUUAUCUAUAUAAUGUAUUCAUCAAUUUUAGAAACUGUUAGUACAUUUUUGUGCCAAAGAAAUGAAAUGAGAUCCUCUUGCCAACCCCGAACCUCAGUAUUGAGCAUUUAAAACUGUUUAGGAGAAAUUGGGAGUUUGGAAUUUGUGAUUAUGAAUCAGAGUAUUUUUAUGGUAUAACUUUAUCUAAAUGUUAAAUAUCAGCGUAGCGGGAUCCUCCAAGGUUGAAAACUAUAUUUUUAUCUGAAUAAUUGCAAAAAUUGAUGUUGUGUAUCACCGACAAAUUGCAUGCACACUGUUAGAACAAAAAUAUAUAAAUAUAUGUAUACUAGUGAAUAUAAGAUUAAAUAAAUGUAUGUUAAAAGAUUGUAUGUUUAGUGUUAUUAAAUUCUUUUAUGAAGAGAUUCUAGUUUAUUGAUUUUGUUGGUUGCAUUAACUAUUAUAAUAAAUCAUCUUGCAAAUCAAUACAAUACAAUUUAUUAUCCUCUUAAAAAUAUUUCAACAAUCUGUUUUAUAUUAUAUAUGAUUGAAAUGCUUGAAAAGUUGUUAGAUUUUAUUAUACUGAAAGUGAAGUUUAUCUGAGUGUAAACAUCAGCAUACAAAAAUAGAUGUAUGUGUUUUUCUUAUAGUUAUUUUUAUUAUUCCAAUUUUUCCAGACACG